AUGGAGUUUGAGGACAGGGCAGAGCUCUGCUUUCCACAACUCCUCAACACCUCCUGCAGCAAGCACACAUCUUCUUGGUCUGAAGCUGUUCUUGUGAACAUUGUGCUGUCCUCCAUCUCUCUGCUCACUGUGGCUCUCAACAUGCUCGUCAUCAUCUCAGUGUCUCACUUCAGGCAGCUCCACACACCCACCAACAUCUUCCUCGUCUCUCUGGCUGUCUCAGACUUUCUUGUGGGCCUCCUGCUGAUGCCGGUAAAAAUCCUGAAAGGAUCCUGUUGGUUUCUAAGAGAUCUCAUGUGUCCUCUGUAUAAUUGUGUGUCCUUCAGCAUUACCUCUUCCUCAGUAGGAAACAUGGUGCUCAUCUCACUUGACCGAUAUGUUGCCAUUUGUCACCCUCUGCAUUAUACCACCAGAAUCACUGAGAGAAGAGUUAAACUCUGUGUUUGUCUGUGUUGGUUCUGUUCUGUUUUCUACAGCAGUCUCCUUUUUAAGGAUGACCUGACUCAACCAGGUAGGCAUAAUUCCUGCUAUGGUGAGUGUGUGGGUGUCAUUGACCAAAUCGCAGGAGCAGUUGACCUUGUUUUGACCUUUAUUGUUCCAGUUACUGUCAUCAUCGUUCUGUAUAUGAGAGUGUUUGUAGUGGCUGUGUCUCAGGCUCGUGCCAUGCGCUCUCACAUUACAGAUGUCACACAGCAGAUUUCAAAGAUUCCAAAGACAAAGAAAUCUGAGCUGAAAGCAGCCAGGACUCUUGGUGUUCUUGUAGUUGUGUUUCUAAUAUGUUUCUGCCCAUAUUAUGGUAUGUCUCUUGCAGGGGACAGCUUGCUCAGUACUUCUGCAUCCUUUGGGAUCUAUCUGUUUUAUUUUAACUCGUGUCUAAACCCUGUGAUUUAUGCCAUGUUCUACCCCUGGUUUAGAAAAGCAGUUAAACUCAUAGUUACUUUUCAGAUUCUGCAGCCUGGCUCCUGUGAGGCCAAAAUACUGUAGAGAGACUGUGAAGUGACUGAAAUAAAAUCUCGUCAUGUUUUUCUUCUUUGUCUUCAUAUAGUAUAUAAACAGUAUAUAAGAAAACUCUGCAUUGCUCUACUCAUUGCCAAAGUUAUGUAAGAAUUACAUCAUCUUGUAUAUUUGGGACAAGAAUAAUUACGACAAAAUAAUGAUUUUGUUCAGAUCAGUUCUUUUUUUUUUUUUUGGUCAUGUACUCUGCUGCUAUUUUGAUUCUAUCAUGAUUGGGUCAAGCAUGUAGGAGGGAAAAGUAAAAUAGCACUCUCUUACAAAAUGUUGUAAACCAUGCGAAUUUUCUAUCCACUUUUCACAAUUAUCAGUACUUUCAUAGAUAAACUGUUAUUUGAUAUACACACAUGUAAACUCAAGUCAACCUUUUUGAUGUCAAAUUUUAGAUUUAUUUUCCUUAAGGUAGAAUGUUUUAUAUUAUUUUUGAACGGGAUGGUUAUGAACGUGUAAUGUAAAAAAUUUAAAAAUAAGUUAACUCAAAUUAUAAGGGCCUGCAAAAAGGAGUAUUAUAAGAACAAAAUAAAUAAUAAUAUAAACCAUAUUAAAGGAAUAUGGGAUAUAAUGAAUAGUAUAAUAAGAAAUAGUCCUAGACUGAUAGGUUAAGUAUAUUAUUAAUAAGGAUAAGGAAAAUUACAAUAUGGAUGAUGUGGCUAAUCAGUUCUUUGUAACUGUGGGACCUGACCUAACUGGAAAAAUCCCUGAUCCUGGGACAUCUGAAGAUCACUGUAAUGUGAAAUCCAUAUAUAUAUACACACACACAUACACACACUAUAUAUAUAUAUAAUUUCUCAUUUCAAAACAGGUUCAUUUCCAAACAAAAUGAAAAACAGCCAAAGUCAUACCUCUGUAUAAAAAUGGGAGCAAACACCACUUCACAAACUACAGACCUGUCUCCUUACUUCCACAAUUAUCCAAAAUUCUUGAAAAAGUCUUUAAUAACAGAUUAGAUACAUUCUUGGAUAAACAUCAAUUACUCACUGACAGUCAAUAUGGAUUCAGAUUAAACAGCUCUACAUCGAUGGAUCGAGUGUCAUAGAUCAAAAAAUUAUGUAAUGGGGGUAUUUGUUGAUCUCAAAAAAGCUAUUGAUACAAUUAACCAUGACAUACUAAUAAAUAAACUGGAAAGGUAUGGUAUCAGGGGGAUAGUAUUAGACUGGGUGAGGAGUUAGAGAGACGACAGUUUGUGAAGUUGGGAAGCUCCAGGUCAGUGUUUUUGGACAUUGCUUGUGGUGUCCCCCAGGGGUCAGUGUUGGGACCAAAACUGUUUAUUUUGUAUAUUAAUGACAUAUGUUCAGUAUCUAAGUUGUUGAAGAUGGUGUUAUUUGCAGAUGAUACAAAUAUAUUAUGUUCAGGUGAAAACUUACAGCAACUAGUGAAGGAUGUAACUAAAGAAAUUAACAGAUUAAAAAUAUGGUUUGAAAUAAAUUAUGAUUAAAUUUAAAUAAAACUAAAAUAAUGUUAUUUGGGAAUUGCAAUAUCAAUAUUCAGGUGAACAUACAAAUAGACGGGGUUAUAAUUGAUAGAGUUCAUGAAAAUAAAUUUCUUGGGGUGAUUAUAGAUGAUAGAAUCAAUUGGAAAUCACACAUUAAUCAUGUACAAUCCAAACUAUCAAGAUCAAUUGCAGUAUUAAACAAAGCAAAGCAGGUUCUGGAUCAAAAAUCACUCCACAUGUUGUACUGUUUACUAGUUUUACCAUAUUUUAUUUACUGUGAUGAGAUUUGGGAACACAACUACAAAAGUUCAUUACUUUCACUAUCUGUUCUCCAAUAAAGAGCAAUAAGAAUUAUUCACAACACUGGGUAUAGGGAUCACAUUCACUCAUUAUUCUUCUUAUUCAAAAUUAUUAAAAGUUAAAAGUUAUAGUUAUGAAACAGUUUUAAUGAGGAUCUAAAGCAAUGUCCAAACAUGGUUUUCAAUGGUUACAGGGAUGAAGAAGGGGGUGAAUAAUCAGAGUGUUUUUGGGGCUGGUCAGUUUCAUUGUGUUAUUAUUACUUAAUUUUUUUCCUGAGAUGCUGAAAUUUAUAAUUUAUUCUUU